GUUCUAUGUGCCCUAUAUCUGUGUUGUGAAUUGUGAAGGGGCGCCAGAUUUUUUGUUCAAAUUGUGAUUUGUUUAGUGUUAUGAGGCGAUUUAUUUAUUCCAAUAAUGCCUAAUUUGUAAAUUACAUUAAUAAAAUUGGUCUACCCAGCCUGCUGAAGUGAUGUAACAUAUAAUGUAAAAUCACAUAGCAAGACGAAUCUACUGACAGUUGUUAUUACAUAUAACAAAUAAAUUAAAGUUAAUAAUAAUGCUUACUAUAGAAAGUAAAGUAAAAGUUAAGAAAGAGAAAUCAUCAAGCACAUGUAGCAGCAUUUCCAGAAAAGCUAAAGAAAAGGAUUCGCCCAAGAUGGAGCUAGCUAAAAAACGCAAAUUACCUGUAGAAGAGAAAGGCUCAUCUGGAGAUAAAAAGAAAUCAGCAUGGCUGAGUAAACAUCCUCGAAAAGAAAAGAUACGCAAAACCAAAGAUUUUCCAAUUGGAAACCAAAAGUUAGAUGAUUGGCUAGCUAAAAAAAUCCCAUUGUUAAAUUCACAAAGUCCAAAUGAACACAAAGCGAAUCAAAAACCUGGUCAAGAUGUAACUAAACAAAACAUUCCCAGCAGUAGUAAAAUUACAAAUUCGAAAAGGCUUAUCGGAACUUCUUCAACAAAAAUCUCAACUAGAUCAAAGAGCAGCAGCUCAAACUCUACGAGAAGCGACUUUUCAAGUAGUUUAGACAUCUCUUCUGAGAGUCCAGGAAAAUCUAGUUCCAUAAAAGAAACUAAAGCCACCAGGGAACAAAAGGCUUUCUUCAAGAAAUACAAUGUGAUAAUCCCAACAAUCGACGAAUUGCUGAAGGAAAAGGAAGAUUACAAUCAAAUUAAAGCCAAAUUAGAAAAAACUUCCUUCUUGACCGAUUUUUCAGAAAAACAUUCCCAAAAGCUGCGCUCAUUUAGAAAAUCUCUGAACGAGAAAGAAAACAUUUUAGAUUGCGAGCAUUUGUCUAGUCAACAAUUAUUGUCUGCAUUCGAAAGAAAUAAGAAAUAUCUUGUUGCUAUUAAGAAAAAGAAAGGCGUUAAUGAUGACAAACGUCUACAAGACAAUUUUAAUAUUUAUAGUAAUUUUCCUCCGGGCUUCAUUGUGUUUAACUUCAAGCAAAUAGAGUUUCUAAUGAAACUGGUUACCUAUGAAUUUGAUCCCAAUGAUCUCAACAACAGAUAUUGUUUUACUGUGUUAUUAGCCGAAUUAUGCUUGAGGAUAUUCAUGGAAUGCUACGAUAUGAAAUAUGAGGAAGCUGUUGCAUAUUUACGUAAUUAAUUUGUAUAUUUGUUUACUUUUCUACAAAGUUGUAAAAUAUAUUGACAAAGUAUUUUGAGUAUUAGCUGCUAAUAAGUUGUACAAUUAAUUUAAAAUUCACUUCGUCAAGUAUUUUGUCGAUGUAAUUUAAGUUCUGUUUUCUAAAAAUUAUUGUUACCACUUUUUUCUAAUCUAGUUCUUCAAUCACAUAUUUUUUUAUAGUUCAUAUAUUGUUUGUAUAAAACGUUGAAAAAGUUUAAUAAAUUUGUGGUUUAUUUUUGUACAAUAUCUUCAUAUUAUAACGUAUUAUCUUUGUUAAAAAUAAUAUUGUUGCUAUCAUUUGUCGUAACGAUCCCAUUUUAUAAAUUUGUGUCAAUGUAGCUUGUAUCCACAAUUAGUAAAGGCCACAGGUGAAAAUAAAUUGACACUAAUGACAGUUGUUAAAACAACAGUAUUGACAUUGUUGACACUUGGAACAUUUUCUAGUUUCUACUUGACAGUUGAGUUGUUAAAUGUGAGCAACAAUUUACAAAGUAACGAACCUGCCUACAUUGCAACGAAGUGCCAACACGCUAACGAAUACCCGAAAUUAGGUAGCGGUUAACCAGCCGCACCCUUGUUUCCUCUCUAACAUCGUCCGCAAAAUUAUUCACCAUAGUUCUGUCAGAUACAGCGUUGAUGGACAUGGUUGCCUCAAACCUACAGCAGCAACGUUUGGUCACCGAACAGCUCCGUCGAGAAGCGGCGGUGAAGAGGAUACCAGUCUCCAUGGCUGUCAAAGACAUCAUCAAAUACAUCAGCGAACACGAGCAGGAUGAUUGCCUGCUCGUGGGAUUCUCCAGCCAAAGGGUCAAUCCCUUCAGGGAGAAGACCCCGUGCACUUUGUUGUAAUUGAGGUUUGUUUGAGGUACACAGAUGGUAUGCUCUUUUCGUAUAUGUUUAAUUUAUUAUUGUUUUAUUUUGUAAGGGUUUCGAUAAGUAUAAAGGAAUUUGUUGGCAGUAUAGAUUAUUGUCUAGUUUUUGUUGUUAAUAACAUUCAUGCCUCGUUGGUAAAUAUAACAACUUUAUUCUAAAAGUAGUUUAUAACAGUUUAAUUUGUAUGCUGCAUUAAAAUCUGUGUAUCUUGAGUCAUGUUAGGGGCAUUUUAACAAGUUUUAUCACUGAGAUGCUUAGCGAAACUAAUGUCCUCAGGUAUUUGGAAUUUCAUAGCUGCCGUAGCUGCAUACAUUGCCUUGUAAGUUUACUUUAACCGUCACUUAUCGUACGAAUUUAAUUGGGAAAUAUGCUAUAUUGUAUAUGAUCUAAAAGUAUAUAUUUUGUAAACUUGAUGUACAUAUCAUAUAUUGUUCACAUUUCAAUAUUUUUUAUCGUAUUUUCGAGUUUAUUAUUCAUUUCUGUAUAAAAAAAUGGCCGUACAAACGGUGAACUCUGUACUAUUCAGACUGAAAAUGAACCCCUUCAUUUAAUACUAUCUAAUACAGUAUUUUUCUAACUGCUUUUUUGACGCACAUAGAGCUAUUUUGGUGUGUGUUUAUCCUAUCGACUAAAAAAUAAGUGUAUUAGAUGUAUAUGUGAUAAGCUUACCAAAAUGUCCCUGUUCGUUCUCGAUUACUUUAAGGAAAUUAUGAGAAUGUGUUAGAUUUUUAAGAUUAAAUAAAAUACAUGUGAC